AUGACGACGACGACUGCUGGGCCGGAGAGCACAGACAGGGCCUCGGAGAUUAUAAGAACCAAGGACAAUGAGAACGACCGCGACUCGGAAGCGAGUGGCCAGGAGCAGGAACGGUUUCCAGUGCCUCAGCCGUACAAGCUGGGGUCGUUGCGAAUCCCUAACUACCGGAGUCCAUAUACGCAGGUCUGCCUAGCAGGACUUACCACGUUUUUGGCGGUCGGAUUUUUUGGUGUACUCGCCGGACUUGGGGGAGCUGGUCAGGUGAAUCCAAUUAUCGCAGAUGAUGCGAACAUCAUCCUAUACAGCAUGUUUGCAGGCGUUGCUCUGCUUUCGGGACCAAUCAUCACGUACUUUGGGCCUAAAAAGUGUGUUUCUCUCGGGGGCAUUGGCUACGCACUGUAUGGGGCAUCGUUCUGGUGCUAUAACAAUACACACAACAAGGGCUUCGUCUUGUUUGGCGGUGCGGCCUGCGGCGUUGGAGCCGCGCUGCUAUGGACUUCGUGCUCGGUAGUGAUGCUUACCUACUCGACCGAGGAACAGAAGGGCCGAUUCAUUUCGAUUCUGUUUGCCAUUUUCUACAUGGGCAUCACGGUGGGUGGAUGUAUUCCGUUGGGGCUGAACUUUCACAAUGCUCAGAGAGGCAGCAUCAGCAACGGCACGUAUGCGGUACUGACAAUCUUGAUGGCGCUUUCAGUCGUCCCGGGACUUCUCAUCAUUGACCCACAACACAUGGUUCGAACGGACGGCACCAAGGUCCAGCUCGAGAGCCGACCGAUUUUACACGAGUUUAAAAACAUCUGGUUUACCCUCAAGAGGGACCCUUGGAUUCUCAUGUUCAUGCCGUUCUCAUUUGGAUCGCUCUACUAUGGAGCCUAUCAGGGCAGCGACUUUGAGGUGUACUUUUUUGAUGUCCGCACGCGGGCACUGGACGGCUUCUUGAUCGGCCUCGCUCAAGUGUCGGCAUCCAUCAUCUUUGGCUGCUUUCUGGACCUAAGAAUCUGGCGGCGGCGCCAACGGGCCUUUAUUGGCUGGGCCAUUCUAACUGUGUUCAUAGUGGCGAUUAAUACGUGCGGCUAUUUCGCCAUGAAACUGUCCAACCGUGACAAGGUGAUAGACGCUCUUGACGUGCAAGGCGGAGGCCUGGCAUCCAAGCUGAUUACGCUGGAGUUUUUCUAUGGCUUCCAAGAUGGCUUGGACAAUGCGCUUGCUUACUGGCUCAUUGGCUGCUUUUCCAACGAUCCACGCAUGGUGGCCACGCUCACGGGCUUCUUCAAGGUCUUUGGGGCUACGGGCAGCGCAGUGGCCUUCGGCCAGGACAUUCAUCUACUGCCGUACACGACCAUGUUCGGGUCGUAUUUUGGAAUCAUCUUGGGUGGUGUGUUCCUAUUGUUUCCGUUGAUUUACUUCAGAAUCCAUAACACCGAGAAGGAUGUCGAGGUGGAGUGA